AUGCGCGAUGAGAUCACCGCCUCUAGCACAUUCAGCGAUUACUUCGAUGCGUUCGCUGGUACCAAUCCCGAGCCAUAUUUACAGCAUACCCUGUCCGAGAGUUCUCACGAUAGGUCUGGGGAGCUCGGCCCAGAAGAUGGGUUCGCCUGCGCAGAAUGGCUGGAAAAGACUUACCUCAACACGCGGGCCGUCAACACAUUCUACCGAUACUGGCGACGAGUUCUCGUUCCGGAAUAUACACGUCGAGCUCUCUCGAACGACAGCGACCGUCUCAUUGCUCUUCAAGCUAUCGCGAGUGACAUACACUCAGGGAUCCAUGAUCGGUACCUCGCCGGAUUAUGGGAGGGCGAUCUUGUCAACCAGCUCUGCUGGCAGUCUCAAGAUAGCCAAGGCCUCCCUGCCGACAACCAAAGCCCCUCAUGGUCGUGGUCUUCUAUCCGCGGCCCAAUCAUUCCGUUCCUGGCCGAGGAGUUCGAGGACCACAGCGCUGGCCUGGAGAAGAUGGCCAUUAUCAACGCGGACUGCCGGCUGGCAGGCGAAAAGCCGUGCGGCAGGAUCCUGGGCGGGUCCAUCCUCCUGGAUGCGUCUGGGAUGGACGUGCGAUACAUGAAAAAUGCGGAAAGGGGGUGUUUCGACUUUCAUGCACACGCCUGGAGGCUCGGGGACCCAGACACGGUGUCAUCUAGGCCGCUGAAACUGGAAUUUAGCCCAGACACUCCGCUGGGCUGCGGGCCCGAUGGAUCACUGACCAGAUCUGCGGACUCUCUGGACGCGAGGCAUUCCGACCGCGCCAUGUCAGCCAUUCUUUUGCUGGUCAAAUGUUCACUGGCCGGUUAUUUUUGCGUCAUUCAUUACAUCAAAUCCCAAGAGAUACCGUUCAUGCUAUUCUCAUGGCCGCCGUCAAGGUCCCCGCCCAUUACGCUGGGCCAGGGAUGCGAGCCGAACCCGUACAACGCGGUGGGCAAUGUCCUCGCGGAUGAAGUGGAGGUCCUGAACAGCGUGGGGUAG